AAGCUUUUCUCCACGCUAGAGCUGUGGCGGCAAGGACACGCUUAGCUGAUCUUUAGCUGCCUGCUCGCAGUCUGAGCUUGCAGGGGUCUUCUAGGAGGCGCUGACACAACGGAGCGGGGUAGGUUUGGGCUGGGGAGCGUCGCGUCAGUCGCCGUGGAAAAGGUGCUUUUGUUGACGUGAAACCGGAGAGCCCUCCUUGUAGCACGCUUGGGGUGCUCCCGCUAUACCAGCCCCGGAGCCAGACGUAGUCUACCGCGCGCACGCAGGGAGGUAGGGAGGUUUUGGUUCGGCACGGGAACCCGUGCAGUUUUACAGACUAGCUCGCUCCGGUUUGGACCUCACAGCCCUCGUGGAGUGUGGGGUCGACGAUCAGGGGACACAGAAACCCGCCAUUCUGGAACCAACUUCUCGUCUAGACGCUUGAGCGGUGCAGAGACCAACAUAAAAACCAGAGAAGAAAAUCUGAACGCUGGAAUUAUCCCCCAGACGCUUGUGUGUGCUACAAGCAAUUUCUCAUUUCGUGUAAACUUUAGCCAGUCCCGCUGCCAGACGGGCAUUGUUCUGAAUUUUCGACUCGGAGAGAGAAGGGGGCAACCAUUCCGAGCUGAGGAAAGAACGGCAGCCCUUGUUGGAAGGCCUUACUUACAUCACGUGUUUCAGAUUUCGGAUAGCGACCGUGCCCUUCUCCGGAUAUUAGCCGCCUUCGGCUUGAUAGCCCUGCCUGACGCUUGACACGUCUGUAAGCUGCCCGGAGCGGCGGGACACCCCCGGCCGGGAAACAUGGAGAUAAACACGGUCUUCAGAUGGUGCUAUUGUUGUUUGAUAACUCUCGUCGGAUAUGGACUCGUCACGGGAGAACAAGAGCCUUUGGAAGGGAUAGACGUUGGGAGAGUAAAAAGAACUGGCAAAAGUGCUUCGGUUUUGACAGGUCCGAAUGUGUGCGGCUCGCGGUUCCAGUCGUACUGCUGCCCCGGCUGGAGAACGCUGCCCAGCGGGAACCAGUGCAUAGUCCCUAUCUGUAAGAACACAUGUGGGGAGGGCUACUGUUCCAGACCCAACUCCUGUACCUGUCCUGGCGGCAAGACUGGACCGGCAUGUUCAGGAGGUGGAUCAGGUAUUGGUGGUGUUGGUAUAGGCUUUUGCACCAGAAGAUGCUUUAACGGUGGGACCUGUGGUGGAUCCAAGUGUAGCUGUCCAGGAGGAUUCGUCGGGCCUCACUGUGGACAGCCUGUGUGUUCAGAGGGGUGUCUGAAUGGUGGGCGAUGCGUGGGACCAAACAGGUGUGCCUGCGUGUACGGGUUUUCUGGCCCUAGAUGUGAGAAAGACUACAGGACUGGACCAUGCUUCACCAAAGUGGAAAACCAGAUGUGCCAAGGACAGCUCUCUGGUGUGGUGUGUACCAAGACCCUGUGCUGUGCCACCAUUGGUCGGGCCUGGGGACACCCGUGUGAGCAGUGCCCAGCGCAGCCACAGCCCUGCCGCAGAGGCUACCUCAUGCACCAGAAGUCUGGGGACUGUGUAGACAUCGAUGAGUGCCAGGCCAUUCCUAACCUGUGUCAGGGGGGCCUGUGCAUCAACAAUCUGGGCUCCUUUGUUUGUCAGUGUGGAGAAGGCUACAGGAGAGAUCUGGAUGGGAAGUGUGUGGAUGUCAACGAAUGUGCCACCAUCCCAAAUCUAUGUGCAGGAGGCGAGUGUACAAACACAAAGGGAGGCUACAUGUGCACAUGUCCAAAUGGGUUUGUCAUUAAUGCUGAUGGUACAAAAUGUAUAGAUCAACGACAGGAUGUCUGCUACAGAGAGUUCACCACCCCAGGAAGGUGCACCAAUGCUCUGUCCGCCCGCACCACGUACCGAGACUGUUGUUGUGAGCAAGGUGGGAGAGGCUGGGGGUCCCCAACUUGUCAGCUGUGUCCUGAGGUUUCAGAGAAUCAGUUUAUCCAGCUUUGCCUUUCUGAUGAGUUUAGACCACCCAUUAAUGGUGGGGUGAUACCAGUACCAAUUCCUGGUGGCGUCCCUGGCGGACCAGGUACUGGUGGGACAGGUGGGACUAUACCACCAGGAGGCUUACUUCCAGGUACCCCUGGAGGACCACAGUUUCCCCCUGAUGGAACUGACCUCGGCCCUGACGGAAGUCGCCCCUUUGAGCCUAACGGUGAACAGUCUAACCUGUGUCGGCAGUACGACAACCUGUGUCUGCACGGCAGGUGUGUGGACACUGACGGCUCCUACACCUGUGCCUGUGAUGGAGGCUACAGGUUAGACAACGCUGUCAGCCCAGCUUGUGUAGAUUUGGAUGAGUGUGAGGAGCAGAAAGGCUCUAUCUGUGCCAACGGUCGCUGUGUCAACUCCCAGGGCAGCUUCAUCUGCAUGUGUAACUCUGGCUACAGUCUGACUGCUGGGGGCACUUCUUGUGGAGAUAUCAAUGAGUGUUCUCGCAGCAACCUUUGUGCCCACGGCUCAUGUACCAACACACUGGGCUCGUACCAGUGCACCUGUGACAAGGGAUGGAAACCUGCGCCAAACCAACUGUCUUGCCUUGAUGUAAACGAGUGUUUUGAGAACGGCCGCGUGUGUUCCAACGGUCGCUGCAUCAACUCGCAGGGCAGUUUCCAGUGCCUGUGUGACUCGGGCUACAACUUGUCUCCUGAUGGGGCCUUCUGUGUCGAUAUGAAUGAGUGUGAAAAAAGUGGAAUGUGCUCCAAUGGUGUCUGUGUCAACAUGGACGGCAGCUACAAGUGUGUCUGCAACCCUGGCUACAAGCUGGCACCAUCAGGACAACUCUGCUUGGAUAUUGAUGAAUGUGAUGAGAGGCCCAACAUGUGCAAGAUGGGAACGUGCAUCAACAACCAGGGUUCCUUCCGCUGUGAGUGUCCAUCUGGGCUGACCAUCGACAUCACCGGAAGAAUAUGUAAAGAUACUCUGUUAGGAGUGUGUUAUCAGGACGUAUCAAGCAGUGGCCUGUGUGUCGACCCCAUUGACAUGCGAGUUACAAGGUCCACCUGUUGCUGUGCCACUGCCAUGAUGUCCAAGGGCAAGGGACUGGGCUGGGGAGAACCCUGCGAGGCAUGUCCACAAGUGGGAAGUGAGGAGCACAAGACACUGUGUGUUAAUGGAAAUGGCAAGGACCAUGAAGGAAUAGACAUUGACGAGUGCCUGAUGAGCCCCUUCCUGUGCCAAAAUGGAGCCUGCCUGAAUGAGAAUGGAGGCUACACGUGUAGAUGUAACGUGGGCUUUGAAGCUGAUCCUACUGGGCACAUCUGUACAGAUAUCGAUGAGUGUGUUGUGGACAAUCUCAACUGUCAAUAUGGCAUCUGCCGCAACACCCCCGGGAGCUUCAUGUGUGAGUGUAGCGAUGGCUAUCAGCUGAACACCCGCUCCAUGAGGUGUGAAGAUAUUGAUGAGUGUAUUACUUCACCCUGCGUGAAUGCAAGAUGUCAGAACUUGGUUGGCAGCUUCAAAUGUGAGUGCGAACCAUACUCUCCAUACCAGACUCUGGACCCAACUGGAAGAACAUGCAUAGAUGAACGGCGUGGCACCUGUUGGUUGGCUAUCCGCAGCGGGCACUGUGAAGAGAACAUCAAUGGAGAAACCCUGAAGGAAGACUGCUGUGCCUCACUGGGGGCGGCAUGGGGCAGCCCCUGUGAACCAUGUGAGAAGGACCCGUCAAAACGGAAGUGUGCACUUGGAUACAGUUUUCAGAAUGGGGUGUCUUGCGAAGAUGUGAAUGAGUGUGAAGUCUUCCCCGGAGUCUGUGACAAUGCCCGGUGUGUCAACACUCAGGGUUCCUACCAUUGCGAGUGUUCACCAGGCCUGACACUGGACAAUACGGGAAGGAGAUGUGUUGAUGCCCGUCAGGAGUUCUGUUACCUGGAGUACCGUUAUGGCCAGUGUCAGCGGGAGCUCCCCAUCCCUGUACGCACCUCCAUCUGCUGCUGCUCCAUCGGCUCAGGCUGGAGCGACGAGUGUAUCUCUUGUCCCCGACAAGGAACAGAUAAGUUCAAUGAACUGUGUCCCAAGGGACCAGGGUUUGCUCAGCAGCCACCAAAAGGAGGAGACAUUCUGGACGGAGGAUUAUUCUUCCAAGAUAUCAACGAGUGUGUGAUGUUCCCCUCACUGUGUCACCAUGGGCGCUGCCGCAACACCAUUGGCAGCUUCCGCUGUGAGUGUGAGGAAGGGUACGACUUGGACCACGCAGGCAGGAACUGCACAGAUAUUGAUGAAUGUGCCAUUGCCUUUGGCAUCUGUGGUAACGGUACCUGUGUCAACCUGGAGGGCAACUUCAUGUGUAACUGUAACCCUGGGUACGAGAGUGGCUUCAUGGGCAUGAGAACUUGCAUGGAUAUCAAUGAGUGUGAGAGGAACCGUCACCUGUGCAGAGGGGGUCAGUGUAUCAACACACCUGGCAGCUACAAGUGUAACUGCCCAGCUGGUCAUGAGCUCAACUCUGCUGGAACUGCCUGCAAGGAUAUUGACGAGUGUAGUAUGAAUAGCGAUGUGUGCUCCAAUGGCAGAUGUAUCAACGUUAUGGGCAGUUUCCAGUGCCUGUGCAGCAAGGGUUACUCGGAAACUGACAACAGGAGGAGCUGUGAAGAUUUUGAUGAAUGCUCGGUAAAUAAUGGAGGGUGCCAGACCUCUUGUACCAACAUUGUGGGUAGUUUUGAGUGUAGCUGUGAGCAGGGCUAUGUACUCGGACCUGACAAGAGGAGAUGCAUGGAUGUGGAUGAGUGUGCUGACACCCCUGACCUAUGCGGGGGUGGAAUGUGCACCAACGAGCCGGGGACCUACAGCUGCACCUGUAUCGAUGGCUUCAUCACCGAGCCCUCGGGCAAGAUGUGCAUGGACGUGGACGAGUGCGCCCUCAACCCCAACAUCUGUCAGAACGGGCAGUGUGAGAACACCAGGGGGUCCUUCGCUUGUCUGUGUGAUCCUGGAUAUUCUGUGAAGAAGGAGGGAGAGGGAUGCACAGAUGACGAUGAGUGUCAGCUUGGCCUAGCACAGUGUGACAUCCACGCAGAUUGUUCCAACACGGACGGAUCCUAUAUCUGUAUCUGUAGGAAGGGGUACAUAGGAGAUGGUGUCAUCUGCAAUGACCUGGAUGAGUGUCAGGAAGGGACCAGCACCUGUGAUCCUAACGGCAACUGCAUGAACAUCCCCGGCUCCUACACCUGCGAGUGCAAGUAUGGCUUCCAGGGUGAUGGAUUCUUCUGCAGAGAUAAUGAUGAGUGUGCCAUGAAUGGUCGCCUGUGUGAAAAUGGCCAGUGCCUCAACAUCCCUGGCAGUUACUCCUGUGACUGUGACAUGGGAUUUGUACCACAUGACAGGGACAGGCAAUGUAUAGACAUCAAUGAGUGUGCCUCUUUUGAUGGAAACAUCUGUGUCAACGGAGAGUGCAUGAACUUGCCGGGAACUUUCAAGUGCAUGUGUGAUAUGGGAUAUGAGUUGGACAAGAGUGGUGGCAACUGUACAGAUCAGGAUGAGUGUGCUCUGAAGGAAAAGUGUCUGAAUGGAAUGUGUACCAACUUCCCUGGAGGCUACGCCUGCGACUGUCCUCACAACUUUGUCUCCAACAGUGCUGGCACCGGGUGUGUUGAUCCCAGGAAAGGGCUUUGCUUCUUUGAUUACCAGGAGCGGGGGGACCUGGACAUCUGUACCCAGGAGGUGGGCAGAGACAUGUACCGCUCUACCUGCUGCUGCAGUAUGGGACAAGCCUGGGGUGACCCGUGUGAACCCUGUCCUCCUAUCAACUCAACUGAACACACUACACUGUGUCCUGGUGGUCCUGGCUUUAAACCCAAUAAUGUCACUGUCAUCUUGGAAGAUAUUGAUGAGUGUAUGGAGUUGGUGGGGCUGUGCCAGGGUGGCAUGUGCAUCAACACGUUUGGCAGCUUCACCUGUGAGUGCACACGUGGCUUCACAUUGGACAGAGACUCCCGCACCUGCAAUGACAUUGAUGAGUGCCUGAUUGACCCGACGGUUUGUGGAGCUGGCACCUGUCUGAACACAAUCGGCAUGUACACCUGUGUCUGUCCUAAUGGUCACAUGGCCAUCAAUGGUGGCCUCAGCUGUAUGGACAUGAGGAAGAGUUUCUGCUAUGCCAUGGUGAGGGGAGGUCAGUGUCAGAACCCCACCAGCUUUAACCUGACGGAGCGGAGCUGCUGCUGCUCUGUGGGGGCCGGCUGGGGGGAGCCCUGUAUAACCUGCCCUGUGGAGAGGACAGAUGCCUUCAGGGAAUUGUGUGGUUCUGACGAGAAGGGCGUAGUGAUUGAUCCUGAAACUGGAGAAGUCAUCGACAUUGAUGAGUGUCAGACGAUACCAGACUUGUGCAAGAACGGCAUCUGUAUCAACACUCAGGGCAGCUAUCGCUGUGAGUGUCCAAAGGGCUUCCAGUUCAACUCAGACUCACUUAUAUGUGAAGACUUGAAUGAGUGCCUCCUGGGACAGAACCCUUGUGAUCCAAGUGCAGUUUGUGUAAACAUCCUUGGAGGUGUCAAAUGUGGCUGCGAUCCAGGCUACAAACUCUUACCCAAUCAGAUCAGCUGCAGAGAUGUGGAUGAAUGCAGAGAGCAACCAGGAAUUUGUGGCCAGGGACGCUGUACCAACUUACUGGGCAGCUACAACUGUUUCUGUGACAAUGGGUUCAGGCUGUCGGAAGACAGGUCCACCUGUGUAGAUGUGGAUGAGUGUGCCCGCUCUCCGGGCAUGUGUGGGAAUGGAACCUGUCAGAACACUCUCGGCUCCUACAACUGUUUCUGUUAUGACGGGUUCAAGCUUACUGAUAACAAUGACUGCAUCGAUAUUGAUGAAUGCUCGGUGAUGAGCUCCAUCUGUAUGCAGGGAUUCUGCCAGAAUGUUCCUGGUGGUUUUAACUGCAUCUGUGACCUGGGAUUCGAGCAAACUCAGGAUGGCAGGAACUGUAUUGAUAUUGAUGAAUGCAGAGAGCUGGGGACAUGUGGGUCAGGUUCGUGUAGGAACACAGACGGGUCCUUCACCUGUGAGUGCUACGAGGGAUAUGAAAUCAACACUAGAGGAGACUUCUGUGAAGACAUUAAUGAAUGUGCAGACCUGACUGGUAGAUGUAAGAACGGAGAGUGCGAAAACACAGAUGGAAGUUUCCAGUGCACCUGUCCCAACGGCUUUGCUCUCACUGAUACUGGGAACGACUGCAUGGAUAUGAGGGAAAGCUACUGCUUCAACGUGUUCCAGGCCAGCCAGUGCAGGACCCCCCGUGCCAUGAACACCACAAAGAUGAAAUGCUGCUGCACCAUGGGAGCUGGCUGGGGCGAUCCAUGCGAGGUGUGUCCUGACAAGGACGAAGAUAUUGAAGGGUUCAGAGACCUGUGCCCUGGUGGAGCUGGCUUUGAGGUGAAUGGAGGAAACACCCUUGUAGACAUUAAUGAAUGUGGCAUCGACCCACUCAUCUGUAAUGGCGGGACGUGUGUGAACACGGAUGGCUCCUUCAGGUGUCAGUGUACACCAGGCUACCUACUGGACGAUACAGGACUCAACUGUAUUGAUGCUGAUGAGUGUGCUGUAGGAAACCCCUGUGGGAAUGGAACCUGCACCAAUGUUAUCGGAGGCUUUGAGUGUGAUUGCUUUAGUGGAUUUGAACCUGGUCCUAUGAUGAUGUGUGUAGAUGUGGACGAGUGUGCCUAUGAUGGGGACCUGUGUGCGUUCCGUUGUCUAAACGUACCAGGGUCGUACAAGUGUACCUGUCCCAGGGGAUUCACACUGACUGCUGAUGGCAAGCACUGCAGAGAUCUUGAUGAGUGUUCAAGCCCAGCUCUGAACGACUGCCCUCCCACCCUGAGGUGUAAGAACUUUGUAGGGACGUACCAGUGUCUGUGCCCAGAAGGGUACACCAAAGUGGGCAUCACAUCAGACGUCUGUGUGGAUAUUGAUGAAUGCACUCUUGGUGGAAGAUGUGAGAACGGUAUCUGUGUCAACACCAGGGGUGGGUUCAGAUGUGACUGUUUUGAUGGCUACGAAGUGUCUCUGGAUGGGAAACAGUGCUAUGACCGGCGGCAGGGCUACUGUUACACCAGCCACAGCCGGCUGUGUCUGCGGGAGUUCCAGGGCCCGGAUACCGUCACCAAGGCCGAGUGUUGCUGUGACGGAGGAGGGGCGUGGGGCAGUGACUGUGAACCUUGUCCACGCAAGGGAUCAGUUGAAUUCAGCGACACCUGCCCACAUGGCCCUGGCUUUACCCCAGAUGGUCAAGACAUUGAUGAAUGUAAGGUCCGACCAAACCUGUGUGAGAACGGGAAAUGUGUCAACACCCUGGGAUCCUACAAGUGCAUGUGUGAAGAGGGAUACAUAGAAGACUACAGUGGGCAAGAAUGUGUAGAUAUUGAUGAGUGUGAGGAGGACAAACCUUGUUCCUUCACCUGUAAGAACACGGAGGGCAGCUAUCUGUGCACCUGUCCUAAAGGCUAUAUCCUGAAUGCAGAUGGCAAGACUUGUCAAGACCUGGAUGAGUGUGAGGCCAAGGGAGACAACUGUCAGUACAUCUGUGUGAACCUGGUGGGAGGGUUCACCUGCCAGUGUCCACCUGGCUUCAACCAGAUUCACCUCACCUGUGUGGAUGUGAAUGAGUGUAACACCCAGGCCGGGCUGUGUGGAGUUAACGGGCAGUGCCAGAACAUGGAGGGCUCGUACCAGUGCCAGUGUUCACAGGGCUUCAGUAUUGACCCAGACACACAACAAUGUCAGGGUAUGUCCGUGUCAGCAAACGUGAACGAGUGUGAUGGGACCCACAGGUGCCAGUCUGGCUGUCAGAACACCGUCGGUGGCUUCCGCUGUGGCUGCCCGCCCGGGUUCGUACAACACUACUACUGGAACCAGUGUGUCGAUGACAAUGAGUGUGUGAAUGGGAACACCUGUGGAGGGGCCACCUGUUACAACACCGUGGGCAGCUUCAAGUGUGCCUGUCCGUCUGGCUACAACUUUGACCAGGCAUCGGGAGGCUGCAGAGAUAUCAACGAGUGUGGUUCUCCCAGCAACCCCUGCUCCUUUGGCUGUUCCAACACUGACGGAGGGUACAGCUGUGGCUGUCCACCAGGGUACUUCCGUAUCGGACAGGGGCACUGUGUGUCCACUCUGGGGAUUGGUCCUAUCGGUGGGCCUGGCAAGAGUAUAGACAACAGUGGGAAGGACACUUGCUACGAGUGCAACCUCAACAACGUGGAGCAUCAGAGAAGAAAGCGAGCGAUCAACGGCUCGGAAGAGAUUGUUGUCGACGAUGGUGAUGACAGUGAGGAGGCUACAGAGUCUCCUGACACAGAGGAGCCAGAUAAGAACAUGAUCGUUGAAGACCAGCCUGCGAAGGACGUGAACAAUGUGGAAACCAACAAAGACGCUGUGCUGGAGGAAGCCGAGACCAAAAAGGUUGUGGAUGGAGUCCAAACUCCCAUAGCACUCCGUGUCAAGCUGCACAACGCCCACCCGAAGAGGCGGUUAUUGAAGAUCCAGCCCGCCUUAGACUACCUGUUAGGCCGAGCCCACUACAAGAUUGUAGACGGGAACAGUGAAGGGCUGUUCACGAUAGUGGAGGGUCAUAAAAUCAGCUCCUUGCAGUUUGCCAAAGAGCUGGAUACGCCGGGGGUUUACAACCUACAGAUCGCCGAGUACAUCGAUGGCCAAACGAAAGAAGAGAACGAAGCUGUAGAGGAGUUGGAACGUGAAAAACCUUUGUUCAUGAGGGUCACAGUACUCAUCCUGCAAUAAUGUACAUGUUCACAUAGUAGGGCAUCUAUUUCUGUGCCACUUGUAAAUCCUUCUGCUUGGCAGACAAGAAAAUAAACAUCUUUGUCCACCCUAUCUUGCCAAAGCCUAUCAUUCUCAUCAUGGGGGUAAUUUUUGAAAUGAAGCAUUGAGAAGAGAACCAAGUGUUCAAAGUCCAGAGUAUACAAUGUAUAUUUCUAACUGAAAAUGCUGGGCUGUAUUAGCUGGUGUCAGAUGUAACCAAAAGAAAUGCAGUACCGGGCAUACAAAAUUCCUGGACUAAACCUUUGUCAUAUUUACUUUACUUUAUUCCAAUCAUUUUGUACACUGCUGAAAAAAAGUGAUUUGAAAAAAAAAGACAAAAAUAUGCAAUUUUUUAUACCCUCUUAAAGGCAUAAAAUGUUUACGUAUUGUAUAAGCCAACAAACUGAGUUUGUACUACCAGGUGAGUUAGUUAUUUCUUGUAUUGUUGAUAUAGAAAAUGGCAAUAAGUUUUGAGGAAUCAACUGUGAUGUACCUUCCUUGGAAAUUCAUGUACAUGAAGCCUACUUGAUAAUGAACACUGUGCAUCAUACCAUUGUGUAUAAAGCUAUGAUCAUUAUCCACCUUAGUGACACAACGUAAGGCCAUUGUUCCUACAAGAAAAGGCCAGUUUGUUUUACUGAAUAUACAAUCACGUAGCUUGUCUAUGAUAUAUGUUUAAAUCAGCUGCUAAGUGUUGUCAGUAGAAUGGUAGGGCAUUGAAUCACGCGAUUAUAUUAGUUACUAGUAUUUGCACAUCUGGCUUCCAAGGUAGAAAACCUAACAAAUGUUUGGAAAAGUUCCUUUUCGAGUCUUGUAACAAUCCUCAGUAGAUGCUAUUUGUAUGUAUGCAAAUAAGGGUGCUUAAACUAUAACCUAUUGUAGGUUGAAUGAGAAUCAGUCUUUUAAGUCCACUCUCUAGUCAUAUCAUCAUUCACUUGACCAUUCUAUGAAACUCAUAGAUAGAUGCUUUUGAUCAUAAAGUGGAAAGGAGUCUUUGCUAUGGUCUUCUAAAAUAAUCCAUUGUGGUGCUAUUCACACAUUUCAGAAUGAAAUUGUAGAUACAUGUAGUCAGAGGCAGGCAGAUGGAUUCAAAUGCUGCUUGGUGGACCAAGAAAAUGUUGUUUUUGAGUGCACUUUUGUGAGGGGGCAGCUGAAGGUCUAAAAGGUUUCCAAGAAUAGUCAUUCCGUAAGCACUUUGAAUAAAGAUGUAUGCAAUUUCUGCCUUCAGAUGGAUUGUUGUCUUGCUUGUCUGAGUCUAGUGUGCCUAUAAUGGCUUAUUGUUCCUAAUGUACAAUUCAUCACAAAAUAUUUACCCAAUGAAAAGUAAAAUUACUGUGCAAACUUGCUACAAAAUGUAAUUGCAUAGGAUGCCUGCAAAUGGCUUAAGUGCUAUUCUUGGGCCACACCAAUUUUAUUUCUUGGC